AUGGUUGGGCGUGGAGUGGGAGGCAAGGUAGCUGCCGUGGUUGAGACUCAGAUGAAGGAUAUCAGGAACGACCUCCGCGGCAAGAAGAAGACAAAGAAGAUAGCACAGCAGUGCUACAAGUGCCAGAAGAUGCGACACCCGGCUGACGGCGGAGCGACGGACUGUGCUCGCGGUGCGGUCGUCGCCGGGACCGGCACCACGUGGUCGUGCGCGCGUUGCGGUGAUGCGGCUGCGCUAGGCAGCUGUAGCGGCAGCACCAAGAGCCCUGUGCUGCUGGGAUACGUGUACCCGUGCGCGGCUGCGGUGUGGAGGCCGCGCCGCUGCGACUGCAGGCUGGCGCGCGCCGCGCCCUAUCCCGCGCCCUCGCAGCCUUUCUACCAUCUGCGGGCCGCCUCCGCCGCCGCCGCCGCCCCCGCAGCAGCAGCAGCAGCCGCCGCCGCCCCCGCAGCUGCCGCCGUCGCGACCACAGUAGCCACAGCAGCAGCGGCCGGACAGCCGCAGCCGGUGCCCACGUGCGCCCGCUGCAGGGCCCACGACCCGCAGGCCGCGGCCCCCGCCGCCCCCGCCGCCCCCGCAAUCCCGGCUGCCGCCCCGGAGGACAUUGUGGCCACCGCGACGCCGACGCCCAUGUUGUUCGUGCCGUUCUCGGUGCCUAGCUUCGCGCCGCCGCCGCCCCUAGCGGGCACGGUGGCUGCCGCCACGGCCGCCACCGCCGCCUCCAACAGCCCGUCUGCUGCCGCCGCCGGAGGAGCCGCCGCCGCCGCCGCCGCUGCCGCCGCCGCAGCCGCCGCCGCCGCCGCGUCCGCCCCCGGCAAGGCGAGCACAAUGGCGGGACCGCCCCCGCCGCCCCCGCUGCCAGCGUUCCCGCUGCCGCCACUGCCCCCGUCGUCUGAUAUACGGCGCCAAUAUCGCGCCGCGCCAAGCCGCGCCGGAUAA